AUGGGCAGUGAUUCACAAUCUAAUUUUGCUGUGAACUUUUUGAUGGGCGGUGUUUCCGCGGCGGUUUCCAAGACGGUGGCGGCGCCUAUUGAGAGAGUGAAGUUGUUGAUUCAGAACCAGGAUGAGAUGCUCAAGCAGGGGACUUUGGACAAGCGGUACGACAGUAUUGCGGAGUGUUUCCGUAGAACGGCCAAGAACGAGGGUAUUGUUUCGUUCUGGAGGGGUAACACGGCCAAUGUGAUUCGUUACUUUCCUACUCAGGCUUUGAACUUUGCUUUCAAGGACAAGAUCAAGUCUUUGUUUGGUCGUUCCAAGGAGGAUGGGUACGCCGCGUGGUUUGCCAGUAACUUGGCUUCGGGUGGUGCUGCUGGUGGUUUGUCGUUGAUGUUUGUGUACUCUUUGGACUAUGCGAGAACGCGUUUGGCUGCGGACUCCAAGUCUGCCAAGAAGGGUGGCGAGCGUCAGUUCAAUGGGUUGGUUGAUGUUUACAAGAAGACUUUGAGCACCGAUGGUAUUGCUGGUUUGUACAGAGGUUUCUUGCCUUCUGUGUUUGGUAUUGUUGUGUACAGAGGUUUGUACUUUGGUUUGUACGACUCGUUGAAGCCUUUGUUGUUGACUGGUUCUUUGGACGGUUCUUUUGCUGCCUCUUUCAUUUUGGGUUGGUUGGUCACUACUGCUGCUUCCACCGCGUCCUACCCAUUGGACACUGUUAGAAGGAGAAUGAUGAUGACUUCCGGCCAGGCCGUCAAGUACGAUGGUGCCUUUGACGCCUUCAGAAGAAUUGUUGCCGCUGAGGGUGUCCCAUCCUUGUUCAAGGGUUGUGGUGCGAACAUCUUGAGAGCUGUUGCAGGUGCUGGUGCUAUCUCUUUGUACGACCGGUUGCAGUUCGUCAUGUUUGGUAAGAAGUUUUAA